CCAGGAGAAGGUAAAGCUCAAUAGAGAUGAAGAUGAGGCAUUCCACUUUGAACAAGUUCACUUAGAGAGAGUGGGAAAUUGCUAAGUGCAAAUGACUAACAUUUCAAGAGAUCAUAUUAAAAAGGUCUUACCUCCCUCAGUUUUACUUGCAAAUUGGACAGAAGGUAGGAAUCAGAAAUGAGAAACCAUACGUCAAUAACCAGAUUCAUCCUCUUGGGACUGACAGAUGACCCACAACUGCAGAUUCUGAUUUUUUUAUUUCUACUUAUCACAUACAUGCUCAGCGUAACUGGAAAUUUGGCCAUCAUCAUCCUCACAUUAGUGGAUUCUCAUCUUAAAACUGCAAUGUACUUUUUUCUCCAAAAUUUUUCCUUCCUAGAAAUCUCAUUCACUUCUGCCUGCAUUCCUAGAUUCUUGUACAGCAUAUCAACAGGCGAUAGGACUAUCACCUAUAAUGCUUGUGCAUGCCAAUUAUUUUUUACAGAUCUUUUUGGAGUAACAGAGUUUUUCCUCCUGGCCACCAUGUCCUAUGAUCGCUAUGUGGCCAUCUGCAAACCCCUGCACUAUGUGACCAUCAUGAACCACAGGGUCUGCAGAAGGCUCAUGUUCUGCUGUUGGAUGACCGCAUUGUUAAUCAUAUUCCCACCACUUAGCUUGGGACUGAACCUGGACUUCUGUGACUCUAACACCAUUGACCACUUUUCCUGUGAUGCUAAUCCUAUACUGAAGAUAUCCUGCUCAGAUACCUGGUUCCUAGAGCAGAUGGUUAUUGCCUGUUCUGUGUUGACCUUCAUCAUGACUCUAAUAUGUGUAGUUUUGUCCUACGUGUGUAUUAUUAGAACAAUUCUAAGAUUUCCUUCUGUCCAGCAAAGGACAAAAGCCUUUUCCACCUGUUCUUCCCACAUUAUGGUGGUUUCUAUCACCUAUGGCAGCUGCAUCUUUAUUUAUACCAAACCUUCAGCAAAAGAUGAGAUGGCUGUUAAUAAGGGAGUAUCAAUACUCACUACUUCUAUUUCCCCCAUGUUAAACCCAUUUAUUUAUACUCUGAGGAACAAACAAGUGAAACAAGCCUUUAAUGACUUAGUCAAAAGAAUAAUAUUGCUUUUAAAGAACUAGGGGAGUGUUGAAGUCGGGAUCCCCAAGCAGUUUUCUUAUUUGUACCCUAUUGGGUCCCUUCCUGAUCUAGAUUUGGCCUACUAUUUAGCAAUGACCCUGAUCAAGUCACCCUCGUGUUUCCUUAU